AUGACACUGUUGAACACAGUAGUAAAAGUGUUUUGUAAGCUGCUGAACGAUAGGAUAGUGGGAGCAUUGGAGAAGGAACAUAGCAUUAGUGAGGGCCAGGCAGGUUUCCGCAAGAAGAGGGGGUGCGUAGACCACGUGUUCACGGUAGGGAGAAUCAUCCAAGGUAGAAAGAGGGCGGGAAAGCCGACGUACUGCUUCUUCCUGGACGUGAAAAAGGCAUACGAUACCGAAAGGAGAAAUGGAGUGCUGAAGAAGAUGACAGAGUGCACGAAAAGCGCGGUCAUGCUAGACGGAGAACUGUCAAAAUUCUUCGACAUUGAGCAGGGGGUCCCACAAGGUUGCACGCUGUCCCCAACAUUGUUCCAGGUGUUCAUCAACGAUCUGUUGGAAGUCGUAGAGGCAGUCCGGAAGGGAGUAAAAGUAGGGGACACGGAAACGUCGGUUUCAGGAAUGCUGUUUGCGGAUGAUUUUGUCGGUAUGUCGGACACCCCUGAGGGACUGCAACUGCAAAUUGACGCGGCGAAGAAGUUUACUGAUAAGUGGAGAUUGUCUGCCAACGUUCAGAAGAGUGCCGUCAUGGUAUGCAACGAGAACAAGGAGGAACCAGUAGAACAUAGAUGGAAGUGGGGGAUCGAGGAGAUUGCAGUAGUGGACCAGUACACAUACCUCGGAGUAGAGAUCGCAAAAGACUGCUCGUGGAAUGCACACAUGUCCAAGGUAGCGGAAAAGGGCAAAGCACGAGCAGGGAAGCUGCACCCAAUACUCGCAAACCGGCACCUCGAUACACGCAUCAAAUUGACGGUUUUGAAGAGCAAAAUCGUACCGCCGCUAGAGUACGCCGGAGAAGUAUGGGCAGGAAAUAACAAGGUAGUGAAAGAACUCGAGGCGCGCAGAUGA